AUGGCUGAAGGAAUUAUCCAAGCAAUUGGUGUGGUUGCAGGUGUACUUGGAAUUAUCUCGUUUGGUGAAAACAACUUUCCUCAGCAAAAGUCAGUGGAAUCCACCGUCAGGGUCACUGUAGGGCUAGACACCAAUGGAGGUCUUAACAACGCCGGUGGUGAUCUUCCCGAUGUCCGGUUGUUCAACGAGGGCGGAGAGUUCCUCGGGAUAGAAACCGACCCCGGCAAAGUCAAGGACGGUGGAUACGGAGACAUUACCGUAAAACACAAUGACGAUGUCAACCAACAGGGUACAUAUGCCCUAUUCUCCGCCAACAACGAUGCCAUCUGCAUUGCCUUUGUCUCCAUCACCUUCCCGAGUUCAGACAAGUACUCAUGGGUCGGAGAUUGGGGCCACCAAUGCGGAGGAUCUUGGUAUUACUCAAACGUCUAUGUCCAAGGUAGUGACGAGAAACCGGACUGCCUAUGGAUCGACGGCAACAACGACCAACCCCAAAGCGGGUUCCAAGUGCACUGGCCCGACUUCUACGUCAAACAAGGCGACUCACUAAACAAUACCGACCAAGCCGACAAGGUGAACAAGCUCUGCGGUGGCGGACCGCCGUUUAAAUUAUACAACUAUGCCGAUGUCAAGGACCCUCACUCGAUUACCUACUAUACAAUCAGCAACAAGCGCUCCGAAGAAGAAGUAGAAAGCAGAGACACAGCAACUGCUUUCGGCCCAUCGAAGCAUGCCAAUUCCGCUCGAUUCCGAAAUUCCCCUCUUUACCCUAGACAGAACGGUAGCUAUCCCACCAACGGCACUGACACCGGAAGCAACCCUCACGCCAACCGCUUGGUCAUUAGCAACACUGCUAAACACUCAGCACAAAAUCUCUGCGACAGCGAGACUUCGCACGGUCCGGACUUUGUUAACGUUAGCGAAGGGACAUUCUGCCGUAUGUCUGACAAGACGGUAUGGCCGGUCUGCAGUGCCGCUAAAGUCGACAACUGCUUUAACACGGACUCGCAUCAACUUGUCGUCAAUGGUGUCUCGGCGAGAGACACGCCGUACUCUAAUGUUUUAGACUGGACCGCUGGUAACUAA